AAGUAACGCUACAUAAAAUAUCAUCACAACCCACCGUAAGUCGGUGAUGCCCGUGCGAAUAUAUAAACCCCGUGCAAUAACAACAUUCAUCUCCGGCUCUCUGCUUUCUUCAUUCCUCCCCAUUUCAUUUCAUUUUCAUUUCAUCAUCUUCUUCUCAUUUUCUUUCUCCUCUUCAUCAAUGGCGCAUCGAUUCUCUAAAUCCCUAACAACCCUUUUCUCCACAACCUCUUCAACCUCCUCAGGUGUUCUGAAACUCAUCCCAAAUUCUCUCUCCUCCCCAAUUUUCACCAACCCCAGAAACCACCUUUCCACUAAAGCCCGCCUCAUCGAAGUCGACCUCGAUUCUGUCUCCGAUGGCGGAGAAAUCGAAGUUAUUGGGUUGAAGAAGCUCGAAGAUGCUAUCCAUGGUAUCUUCGUACGACGGCUUGCUCCUGAUUGGCUCCCUCUUCGUCCUGGUUCUUCUUACUGGGUCCCACCUAAACGAACCUCUGAUAACAUUGUUGAGAUUGUGGAAAGGCUUACUAAUCCUUUGACUGAGGAGGAGUCUCUUUCUCUCUCCUCUGCUUGUGGUUGGCCUUCUUCUUCCUUCUUCUUUGAAGGGUCAGUGCCAGAUCAUAAUACUCCUGUGAAGGUAGAGGUACAGGUAUUUGACCCAAGCAACUUAGGAAAGCCGUCAUUAUCUGAGGAUGAGGAGUAAUGAUCUACAUUUAUGACCAGUUUACUUUGCCUCUUGCAGUUGUUUAAUGGCUUUUGCUCGUGCAAGGUUUGAUCAUGGAAACUUGAAAAUCAGAGAGUAUUUAUUCUGGAAGGCAACCAAGUAUACUGGCAUUUGUACAUAAUGUAACCUGUAGUUUCCGCAGCAAAACAGUUUACUUUCACCUUUUCUGAUGUCCAUAUGGUAAAGCUAGGUUAGUUGUGGAAACUCAUCUUGUAUUUGUUUCUUGCACAUCAACUCAAGGACCUAAUAAUACAAGUUUGAUCUAAUUAUGCCAAGUAUUUCUAUUCUGACUGA